UACCAGAGACACCCAAACACAACGCGAAAAUUGAAGCCAAAUUUUUUAUUUAUUUUUCUAGAGCAAAAAGGUGAUAAAGAGGACACGAAAGAGAAAUAGAAGAAGGACUCCCGAAGACUGAAUAUAGGAAGAAGAAGCUGAAAUAACUGUUGAGUCCUUAGACAGACAAGAAAAGGUGACAUGGCUAUGAGUGGAGGAUCAACGGGCAUGAUGAGGAGCCCCUACACGGGACAGAUGAACCCAGGAUCUCACACAGGUGGACAGACCAUUCAACCAGGCAGCAGUGAUUCACAGCAGCAACAGCAGCAACAUCCACAGAGAAAUACUGCUUUCCUCUGCAAAGCUGGUUGUGAGACGGUACAAGAGAUCGUUGUUAGAACCAGUGAAGUGUUCUCCCUUCUAAAGACGAUGCCGCUCCCUAAUGGAACACAAGCAGGUACGCAGCAGAGUCAGGAUAAGAAGAUGCGCAUUCAAGAGUACCUCAUAACAAUCCAAAGGCAGUUCAAAACCCUAAGGGCAAUCUACACCAGAGUGAACGACGAUUGUGCUGGGAUGGAAUACACGCAUAUUGAGAGCCUUAUACCAUACAAGGAAGAAGGAGACACCAAGCCAGACCAAAAGAAGAUCAGUGAGAAUUACCGUCACCUUGUGGAGGAAUCUCGAGAACUCAAGGAGCAACUCUACCUAAAGGCUCGUUACAUGAAGGAGAUCAUAGAACAGCUGCGGAAGAUUAUAUGGGAAGUAAACACUAUGUUAGCAAUGAGUAACACGUAAUUCAUUAGUAUAUGUGUAAUGGGUAAUUUCAAUAGAUUCCCCCUUUUUGUAUGGAGAUUAUUUGUAAUAGCAGUGUUGUGAUUUGUGAGACAUUCAUUUGAAAGUCUUGAAAUGAAAUAUACUGUGAGAAUUA